AUGGGCAACGGCGCCCUUGUCGCCCUGCCAGCCAGCGCUCACUUCCAGCCCACUCUGCAGGCAGUAUCGCUCGGACUUGCCCUGCACGUCGAUCCCGACUGGCAUCUGCAAGAUCUCACUAGUCGUCUGUCCCUGGUGGCCCCUCGCCUAGAGCAACUGUCAUUUUGGAUCAAUAUGCCUUCCUUCAGCAUCGAACCGUACCCCCGAUCCCAGCGCUCCCACUCGACGACGCUGCGCGGCAUGGGGAUUUCUCGCCUGUCUUGCCUGACCAGCUUCACCGCGCCGCACAUGUCCGUCGCGCUCGAGGCGCUGCUCUGUCUAGGGUGGCUACCCCAUCUUCGCAAGCUGGACAUCCAACCGCCCAUGGCGCCGGAGCACUGGUUGUUUAAUCCCCGCGGACGGCGUCCUGGUUUUUUUACCGCCUUGGAGGAACUCCGCUUGACAGGUGCAAUCACUCCGACGUCGCUCCGCACGGUGUCGCUGGACUUGCGCUGGCCCGACGAUGGCACAGCCGAAGCGCUAUUCACGGAUCUCUGCGCUGCCCUCGGUAGUCUCCCCUGCCGCGACACCGUCAAGAACAUCAAGAUGACUGUAGAAAGCAACAGACACGGCGACAACAUAUACCGUUCCCCGAGCCUCGCGCCGCUGCUCGAGCUGCACGCCCUCGAGUCGCUCGUCGUCCAGGGCGGCCCGAAGGUCAUCGUGACCGACGCAAUUCUCGACUCGAUGUCGCGCGCAUGGCCACACGCCCGCAUCAUCCGGUUCGCGUGGCCGACGCCGCCCAAAACGUACCCUCUCUUAGCGCGCGACCGCCCACGCGCGACGCUCGCAGGCCUCGUCUCACUGGUGCUGCGCUGCCCACGUUUGGAGGAGCUGGAGGUGGCACUCAACAUGCGCGCGGUACCGGGCUUCGGGGGGUGCCCGCGCGUCCCUCUGAAGAACGCAGGCAUGUGCAAGGUAAAUACGCUCUGGAUGGCGGGGUGCGUUCCCGGGGAUCCGUGGGCGCUCGCCUCCUUCCUGUCCCUGGUGCUGCCGCAGCUCAGCGUUUUUGCUGGUGAUUGCACCCCGCAUGAGACCUGGAGACGGACCGAGGAGAUUUAUGGGCAACUUACGGCGCUGCGGCGGCAGGAGAGAGAUUGGGCGUUGGACCGCGGGAAGACUAUCCAGGACCUGGCGUGCCCGUAG